CCUGUCAAAAUCAAACCAACAUUUUAUUACCUUUGUCUUCAUUUAUUUAUUUAUACAUAAUUCACAGUUUCGCCUUUCUAAAUAUUUAAAUAUAUUUAAAAACUAAUUUACUAUUAAUUAUUAUACACAGAACUACAAAUCUAUCAUGGUUGCAAAAAAACCUCGCUCUAUAUCGACGUCAUCAAAUAAAGUCUGGUGGAUGGUUUUUGCUGUGGUAUGUGGAGCAACAUUCCUAACUCGAUUUUAUAAGGUUUUAGAACCAGAUCAUGUGUGUUGGGAUGAGACACAUUUUGGUAAAAUGGCCAGCUGGUAUAUCAAUAGAACAUUUUUCUUUGAUGUUCACCCUCCUCUUGGCAAGAUGCUCAUAGCACUAUCUGGAAAACUGACUGGUUAUGACGGGACAUUCCCUUUUGAGAAGCCAGGAGACAAGUAUGACAGUGCUAGAUAUCAGGGAAUGCGAAUUUUUUGCACCACAUUGGGAGCUCUGAUUAUACCUCUGACAUUUCUGACUAUUUGGGAAAUGACCAAAUCCCUAGAUUCUACAUUUAUAGGAACCAUUUUGUUGCUAUGUGAUGUGGGCUUUCUAACUCUCAACAGAUAUAUCUUACUGGAUCCAAUACUGCUAUUUUUCAUGAGUUGCUCCAUUUAUGGAGCUUUCAAGGUGCGGUCUCUCACUGACGAGGGAUAUGGCCCGUUCUCCACUCGCAUGCUCGCUUGGCAGAUAUUUCUUGGGGCAUCGCUCGCGUGCACGAUAUCGGUCAAGUUUGUUGGUCUUUUCGUGGUGCUAUUUGUCGGAUUAAGGACUGUGGCCGAUCUGUGGAAUGUGCUUGGUGACUUGCAGAAGCCUGUUAGUUUGACAAUAAAACAUUUGAUAGGCAGAAGUGUAACAUUAAUAUUUAUUCCUGCCUUGCUGUAUGUUUUCUUUUUCUGGAUUCAUUUGACUGUUCUCAGUAAAAGCGGCAACGGUGACGGAUUCUACUCUUCAGGCUUCCAAGCCCGUCUAGAAGGGAACAGCUUGCACAAUGCCAGCGCACCGAAGCUGGUAGCGUAUGGGGCACAGAUCACCCUCAAGAAUCACCGCACCGGUGGCGGCUACCUCCAUUCCCAUCACCACUUAUACCCGGCUGGAGUGGGAGCGAGACAGCAGCAGAUAACAACAUACACCCACAAAGACGAGAACAACCGGUGGAUAAUCAAACCGUUCGAUCGCGAAUCAGUGGAGGGCGUGGUGGUGGUCCGCAGCGGGGAACUGGUGCGGCUCACGCACGCCACCACCGGCCGCAACUUGCAUUCGCACCGGGAGCGCGCUCCCAUCACCGCCAAGUACAUGCAGGUCACCGGUUAUGGGGAGGACGGCAUUGGAGACGCGAAUGAUGUAUGGAAGAUUGUAGUAUCCGGCGGCAAGGAUGGCGAAGAAGUGCAAACAGUAAGAAGCCGGUUGAUGCUAAUACACUAUUUACAGGCUUGUGUCUUGACAACCACUGGAAAACAGUUGCCCAAAUGGGGCUACGAACAGCAAGAAGUGGCCUGCAAUCCGAACUUGAGGGACAAGAAUGCACUUUGGAAUGUCGAGGAUAAUGUAUUUGAUGAUUUGCCGAAAGUGAGUUUUGAAGCAUACGCAUCGGGCUUCGUGGAACGGUUCCUGGAGUCGCACGCAGUUAUGUUUCAAGGAAACGCCGGUCUGAAGCCCAAGGAGGGAGAAGUCACCUCCCAACCGUGGCAGUGGCCCAUCAAUUAUAGGGGCCAGUUCUUCUCCGGCAGUGCUCAUAGAAUCUACCUACUUGGCAACCCUGUAGUGUGGUGGGGCAAUCUACUGUUCCUUGUCAUAUUUUUCAUAAUAUAUGUCGUCAACUCGGUGAGGGAGAAGAGGGCAGAGGCAUUCGGCACUCUGACACAAGAUGGCAAGGAGCGAAUGUUGCUGAAUGCAGCGGGCUGGUGCUUUGUGGGCUGGGCACUCCACUACGUACCGUUCUGGGCGAUGGGUCGCGUGCUGUACUUCCACCACUACUUCCCGGCCCUCGUCUUCAGCUCCAUGAUCACUGGUAUCUUAACAGAAUACCUACUGAGCAGCGUCAAGAGUUAUCUUAGCCCAGAACUCGGCCGUACCAUGUACCACUGCGUGGUGGGAGUGGUGAUAUCCACCACUGUAUACAGUUUCUACCUGUUCUCACCUCUCGCGUACGGAAUGAACGGGCCGCUAGCUCACGAGCCCAACUCGACAAUGGCCGGUUUGAAAUGGCUCGAAUCUUGGGAGUUCUAAACUUUUAUUUAUUUAUUAGCCAUGACUGUGACUCCACUCGUUAUAUUUUUUUAUUAAAUUGACAAAUAAUUCCAACGUUGCCACUCUUUGGUAAACUUCAGUUUGAACACUUUUAAAAUUAUAUUCAAGCUUUUUGCUUAACAAAUAUGUUCUAUAUUUAAAAUUUAGGAUUUUACCAUUUUAUUGAAGCAUUUAAAUUUUCAUUGGAUUGAGAAGAAGAAGAAGAUACUUGAAAAAAAAAACUAAUUGAUUUAAAAAUCAACUAGUGAACUUAAACUAGCAACUAGGAAAACUGUCAAGUAAUCCCGAUCUAUUUGGCUGUUUUAGCAAUAUACUUAUUAUGUCUGUAGUAACUAAGUUAUCUACCAAUGUAUUGUGUAAUGAAUGGUCCGACAUACUCACUUUUGCAUUUAUAUUAUUUAUAAGUAUUAAUUGCAAUGAUCUGUAAUAAUGUACGUUAUGUACUUUAGGUUUAGAUAUUUUAACUGUACGGUUUUAUUAAACCACACACUUAGUAAAGAUAAAUAAGGAAGUCAUCAGUAAAAGAUAUAUAAUGUUUAUAUCAGAUACUAUUUUUUCACUACUGAACUUAGGCCUCCCUCUAUUGGGAGGUGUUACCAGUAGUUGCUAUGCUUGGCAGGUAGGUUGACAAUCACAGUUAGGUUUUUGGUGAGGUUUUAAGAGAAACGCUGCUGCAUGGGAAAGGAAGGGGUGGUCCAUUUCAUGCCAGGACCAUAUAGCAAGAAGAUAUAAAGUGUAUUGGUUGUUAUUUUUUUUUUUACAACACAGGGAGCAAACGAGCAUGCGGCUCACCUAAUGGUAAGUGACUACCGCCGCCCAUGAUCACCCACAACACCAACGGCAUUGCAGGUAUGCUGCCGGCCUUUUAAAAAGGAAUUUGCUCUUUUCUUGAAGGUUAUGUUGUCGUAUAAGUUCAGAAAUACUGCUGUUGGAAUUUGAUUCCAAAGAGUGUAAAUUGAUAUGAAUGAUUUGAUGAUUACACGCGGUGUUAUUGGUGGUCGAAUCACCUGGUAUAAAUAUGAAUAUAAUUAUAAUGAAAUAAUUAGGUCUAAUGCGAUAUACUGAAGACACGCGAGCGUAAUGUACUUAAACUGUAUAAUGCCCAUAAUAUGUAAUUAUCGAUGACUCACGAUUGUAAACAAAAACAGGGUAAUCAAAGAUAUAGAUCUAUUGCCCUUUUGUAAAUAUAAUACUCAUAAUAUCGAAUUCCAAGGUGAGCCUAUUUAUUAUUAUAUAGGUGAGGUAUUUUCAAUGAAUUUGUUAUUGGUGUUUUCCAUCACCAGUUAACCAAGACUAUGUUUUGCCGUAUUCGGUAUUCCAUCCAUUUUUAUCUUUUAAGUAGAUUUUUUAUAUUAUUAUUUAUUGAGCCUAUUAUAAGAAAUAAAUAAAUAUUUUUUUAUUAUUUU